GCCACCAGAGCUGGAAUCAGACGGCGUGAGAGGGGGGCGACAGCGAACUGAAACCCCGCUGGAUUAUCGCCUGCAAGGGACCCCCUUCGAUGUCAGCGGGGCUUCGCUUAGGUCGGACCCGAGCGAAACCAAUUGCCAACUCGGACGCCGAGGCUGGAGCACGCCGGGGCUGACUUGCUAGCCAGCUAACGCUGCUAAGCUAACUGUAUGGUUCGCGAGGAAAGCGCUCCGCCGGCCAGCAGCUCCACGGUCCCCGAAGAAAACCCGGUUUUGGUGGCGGUACUUCUUGUUCAGGGCGUCGGCGAAAUAAAGCGCCUGAUCGAUGAAUGAUGUCUGCCACAAGUAUUGACCCUCAGACAUCGAAAGGACAAGAUGCGAGUAAAGCCUUUCCAGUUUCAGUGCAGAAUGGUUCACUCCACCAGAAGGAUACUGUCCACGAUAACGACUUCGAGCCCUAUCUCACUGGUCAGUCCAGUCAGAAUAACAGCUAUCAGUCCAUGACAGACCCUUACCUGUCCAGCUACUAUGCCCCCUCCAUUGGGUUUCCUUAUCCUCUGAGUGAGGCUCCCUGGUCCACAGGAGGUGACCCACCUAUUCCCUACCUUACACCAUAUGCCCCCCUCAGUAAUGGAGAUCACCACUUCAUGCACGACACAGUGUUUGGGCAGCCAGGGGGCCUCGGUAGCAGUAUCUACCCUCAUAGGUUUAACUUUUUCGCCGAGAACCCCGCCUUCUCAGCCUGGGGUACCAGUGGGUCUCAGGGCCAGCAGACACAGAGCUCAGCCUAUGGGGGAAGCUACAGUUACCCCCCCAGCUCUCUAGGGGGCACCCUGGUACCUGAUGGCCAAACAGGUUUCCACAGUGACACCCUCAGCAAAGCCCCUGGCAUGAACAGCCUAGAGCAGGGCAUGCUGGGGUUAAAACUAGGCGGGGACGUGACAGGAAGUGGCUCAGGUGUGAAAAGCGUAGGCUCUGUGAUCGGUGGCAGCGGCAACAUUGCUGCUGCUGUUGCCACGGGCAACGGGGGUACACCAGUUGGGAUGCCCCCUCCGAAACCAACAUCGUGGGCUGCCAUCGCCAGUAAACCUGCCAAGCUCCAGCAGCUUAAGAUCAAGACCAAACCGGGCAUGCCCAUGGCAGGAGGACCUCUGCCUCCGCCGUCCAUCAAACACGCCAUGGACAUUGACACAUGGGACAACAAGGGGACUGUUGCCAAAGUGGCCCCUCCUUUGCCCCCCCACCACCAACAUCAGCAUCAGCCGCAGCAGCAUCCUUCCCACGCGCACCUCCCCCACAGUCUCCCCCCUCCCGCCCAGCAGUCCCUUCAGUCCGCACAGUCACUUGUGCAGCAGAUGACGAUGCAGGGUCCUCCCCAUCCUCCUCUGCCAUCGUACCCCAACCACAACUCUGCUCCACCACCCCAGACCCGCUGGGUGGCCCCGCGCAACCGCAACCCGGUCUAUGGCGUUGGUAGCUUGGACAGCAGCAGCUCCUCCAGUGGUGGUGGGGUUGGGAAUGGAGGCGGCAGCGGAGGCGGAGGUGCGCCCCAGGGGUCGGGCCCCGGGCUGGACUCCCACCCUGUGCUGGAGAAGCUGCGUGCUGCCCACAGCUACAACCCCAAGGAGUUCGACUGGAACCUGAAGAACGGCCGGGUGUUCAUCAUCAAGAGCUACUCCGAGGAUGACAUCCACCGCUCCAUCAAGUACUCUAUCUGGUGCAGCACAGAGCACGGCAACAAGCGGCUGGACUCGGCCUUCCGGGCAAUGAACUCCAAAGGGCCCGUCUACCUGUUGUUCAGUGUCAAUGGCAGCGGCCAUUUCUGUGGUGUGGCGGAGAUGCGCUCACCCGUGGACUACGGCACCAGCGCGGGCGUUUGGGCGCAGGACAAGUGGAAGGGCAAGUUCGACGUGAACUGGUUGUUUGUGAAGGACGUGCCCAAUAGCCAACUGCGCCACAUCCGCCUGGAGAACAAUGACAACAAGCCAGUGACCAACUCCCGCGACACUCAGGAGGUUCCUCUGGAAAAGGCCAAACAGGUGCUGAAGAUCAUCGCCACCUACAAACACACCACCUCCAUUUUCGAUGACUUCUCCCACUAUGAGAAGAAGCAAGAGGAGGAGGAGGUUGUGAGAAAGAGCUACGAGCCUCCUUCGAUGCAAAGCAGAUCCCGACUGGACCAGGACCGCCAGAAUCGGAACAAGCAGUAGAAGACCCCCCCCCUCCCCCCACCCCCCUGCUCCUCGGCUCCGUUGGCGGUUGUGUUCGGAUGGACUCGAUGUCAUUUGGAUUUAAAAAGCGACGACAAGGACAUAAACGAAUCGAAAAGUAAUGUUUUUUUUUUUUUUCCUAUUUAAUUUCGGUGACUUUGGCCAUUGUCAAACAUUGAGCCACUUUGCUCCUUGUUCGCCCCCCCCCCCCACCCCCACCAUCUUCAAGAUGUGCGUGCAGGGAUGAGGCCAGUUGCACCAACAAAAUAGCUUCAUAAUUUGUUUUUUCUGUUUUUUGUUUUUUUUUUUAGCCUCAC